AAAAAUCAACCCCCCUUCCUCCUUUUCGUCUCUGCAACACCCUAUAGAGAGAGAGAGAGAGAGAGAGAGAGGGAUUGGCUUAAAGGUUCUUCCUUUGUGCACAAUGAGGAGCUGAGGAGGGCUCCAAGGACCACUUCUUCUGCCCCCCACAAGAAGAAGAAGAUGGCAAUGGCACAGCGGCAAGGUCACGACCCAUCAUCGCCGCCCCGAGAACCAGAAGACGGUCAUUCUUCCAUCUUGCUCGACGAUGCUCUCUACUGUGAAGAAGACAGAUUCGAAGAAGAAGAAGACGAGGAAGAAGUCGACGGACUUCAGACGACCGCCGCUGGAAGCUAUUCAGUCUUUCCCUCGCAGUCAGUGGAUGGACAACCAGACUCCUCGUGGGAAGAAGACGACGACGGCGGCGAGGAAGAGGGGGAGGCGGAGGAGGACGAGGAGGAGGAGGCCGAGCUGCUCUCGCUCUUGUCCAAGGAGCGCAGGACGAGGCCGGACCUCGGGGACGACGGGUGCGCGCUCGCGGCGCGGCGCGAGGCCGUGGAGUGGAUGCUGCGGGUGCGGGGCGUCUACGGGUUCUCCGCGCUCACGGCGGUGCUGGCCGUGGAUUACCUCGACAGGUUCCUCUCCGGCUUCAGCCCGCAGCGGGACAGCAGGCCGUGGAUGACGCAGCUCGUGGCCGUCGCGUGCCUCUCCCUCGCCGCCAAAGUGGAGGAGACCCGCGUCCCUCUCCUCUUAGAUCUCCAAGUGGGGGACGCGAGGUUCUUGUUCGAGGCGAAGACGGUGCAGCGGAUGGAGCUCCUCGUCCUGUCCACGCUCGGGUGGGGGAUGCACCCGGUGACGCCGCUGUCGUUCGUCCACCACGUCGCCGCGGCGAGGCUCGGGGCCAGGCGGCGGGAGUUCCUCCGCCGCUGCGAGCGGCUCCUCGUCGCCGCCGUCUCCGAUUCGAGAUCGCUGAGCUACCUUCCGUCCGUCCUGGCCGCGGCGGCGAUGGCGCACGUCAUCGAGGAGGUCGACCCGUUACGUUCCUCGGAGCACAAGGCCCGGCUUUUGAGCUCCCUCCGCACGAGCCAGGAGGUGGUGGGAGACUGCUGCAGAUUCAUUCUGGAGAUAUCGGAGACCGGGAACGAUGCGGUGAACUCGUCCAUCGGCAACUCUUUGAAGCGCAAGCAGUGCCGCUUUGAUCGACCAAACCCGAGGAGCCCGAGCGGAGUUGUCGACGCGUCGUUCAGCUGCGAGGACGACUCGAACGACUCGUGGGUGGCCAUUGGCCCGCCGUUCGACCUGGAGGACGGCGGCGGCAGCAAUCUCAAUCCUCUACAGAAGAGGACCCGGUCGUUGCCGUUGCUGCUGCUGCCGUCGCCGCCAUCGUCGGCGGUGCAAGAGAAGAUGCUGGACUUGCCCUUCAUGAGCAGGAGGCUCUUCGUGGGCAUCGUCAAUGGCCGUCCUAUCUAAUAAUCUCUCCCUCUCUCUUCUCUCUCUCUCUCUCUCUCUCUCUC